GGAGCGUUUCACCCACGUGACCGUGUAAUCGCCGUUUGGAGCCAUGGAGGAAUAUGCCCGGGAGCCCUGCCCAUGGCGCAUCGUGGACGACUGCGGCGGUGCCUUCACCAUGGGGAUGAUUGGUGGGGGGGUCUUCCAGGCCGUCAAGGGCUUCCGGAACGCCCCCAUGGGCGUCCGACACCGGUUCAAAGGGAGCGUCAGUGCCAUCCGCAUCAGAGCGCCGCAGAUCGGAGGUAGCUUUGCUGUCUGGGGGGGCCUUUUCUCCACCAUCGACUGCGGCCUGGUGAAGAUGAGGGGGAAGGAAGAUCCCUGGAACUCGAUCACCAGUGGGGCCCUCACAGGGGCCGUGCUCGCCUCCCGCAGUGGCCCGUUAGCCAUGGUCGGCUCAGCCAUGAUGGGGGGCAUUUUACUGGCCUUGAUAGAAGGAGUCGGGAUCUUACUCACCAGAUACACGGCACAGCAAUUCCAGAACUCUAACCCGUUCGGUGAAGACCCCAGUCAGCUGCCCCUGAAGGACAGCCCCACGCCUCCAGGAUACCCGGGCUACGGACAAUAUCAAUGAAGCUCCUUUGUACGUGGGGGGUCCCCUCUAUUUUUGGGGGGGGGCAGCUGCAGCUACUAAUUCGCCCCUCCCCCUUGCCGGCGCUCAGGAUGUGAUUCCAGCCACUGGUCCCUCCAGUUCUUGGAUUCUCCCCCUGGAGGCGACGCUGAAUAGGCCUGUUUCCCUCUGUGGAGGAGGGAGGGGUUUGCUGGGAGCCCCUCUAAAUUUGCAUAUUUUCGGGCUGGGGCUGGGGACUAUGGGGCAGGGGAUUGCUCUGUAUUUCCUGCUACGUUGGGGGGUGGGCUGUGGGGAUAUUGGACUACAGGAUAAAUUGGGGGGGUUGGCAUCUUCUCGCAGUGGGGAGCUUCCUUCCUGGAGCUCACCCCCCCAUUCUGUUUGAGGGUGCCUCCAUUUCCAGCUUAGAAAUGGAGUUCAAUACACCCCUGAAAGGGCAAGAGGUGGCUGUAUCACCCCUUUUAGCUUGGGUGAAAUUCAGGGGGGGCUGCAGGGUUGUAGAUGAGGGGGUGCUCCUGGCCCUGUGCUGGGGGUGCCUAUCUUUUUGCAGCACCCCAAAACUACUUGUGACAUGGUGCCUCGUUCUUAGUGGCUUCCCCUGCUCCUGAGACGGGGGGCUGGGGGGGAGGCAUCUCUUGGAAUGGAGUUAGGUGGGGCCUCUUGAAAUCAGUAUGACAUACGACAGUACAUCCAUGGACUAUGCUUCCCAUCUUGCCUGGCUGUGACCCCCCCCAAAAAGGGGUGUGAUUCCCAUUUUCAUAACCAGUGAAUCCUACUGUUCCCCCCCAGUCCAGCUGGGAAACCCCACCUUGGUGUGUAUCCCCAACCUGUCCCAAUUAAUGUUACAGACCCCUGCUGUCAGCCCCCCGAAAUCCCCAGUUCUGAGCCCAAUUUCACCUCUUUUAGUGUUUGUAUUUAAAGAUGUUUUUAAAGGUGUGUGACUUGC